GUGUCAGUGGGGGGAAUAGUGCCCCAUCAUUGGUGUCAGUGGGGGAAUAGUGCCCCAUCAUUGGUGUCAGUGGGGGGAAUAGUGCCCCAUCAUUGGUGUCCAUCAGUGGGGGGGAAUAGUGCCCCAUCAUUGGUGUCAGUGGGAGGAAUAGUGCCCCAUCACUGGUGUACAGUGGGAGGAAAAGUGCCCCAUCACUGGUAUCAGUGGAAGGAAUAGUGCCCCAACACUGGUGUCAGUGGGAGGAAUAG